AUGGACGGCAACGAUGGCGACGGUGACUGGAACGACGAGCCGGCGCCAUCAAUCUCCACCACAGGUCCUCUUAUCCCUUCAUCGCCGCCGUCCGUUUCCAUGAUACCGGUGCUCUUUCAAGGAACCGCUGCUGCCUCGUCAGCGGCUUCGCUGUCAGAUGCUGACGUGUUGCUUCCUGUGGAAGUUGUGGACGUUGCGCCGUCUCUGCACUCCGCUGGAGAUAUUUAUGAGGUUUUGAGCACUCCUCCUCCCAUCCCGCAUUGUCACCCCACGUCCCCAUCCUCCCUUUUCCCCUGCUGCCCUCCCCCACCGCCUCUCCCUGCCUCCCCCCUGUCUUCCGCCCCAUCUGGUUCUUUCCCCCCCUCCCCCCACCAGGUGCGCGCACAUGCAGUCAUUGCCAUUCCCAAUCCGCUCACACUAUCCGUAGCAUACCGCCUGGUCGUGUCUGACGUCAGCGCUGAGUCAGCACCGUCUGAGCUGGACAGUAAUGCGCUCAUGGCAGUGCUUCAGCGUGUCUGCGCUUGGCUGGAGUCAACUGACACGUGGCUGCUCUCAGGCCAUCCUGACGUGGCAAUGCAGGCCACCGUGGACCCUGAUGAGGUGGCAAAGGUGCUGGAUGAGACCCACGUGGCAUGGGCUGAGCUUUCCUCGCUGCCUGAUACCGCCACACUCCCACGCACACUUCCACUCACAGGCACUGUCCCUGCUUCUAGGCCUGGCUCUGCACCCUCUCGCACUCAUGCUGCUGCUACUGACUCACCUGCAGCCACACAUGCAGCAGCAGCAGCAGCAGCAAGUGGAGCAGAAGCAGCAGGGCCAACAGCAGGCAGGCCAGGUGAUGACACAACCUCAUCAGAAGCCCCUCCAGCCCUUGCAAGGCGCAGCUCCACAGGCGGCCGCUCUGCCUCCAAGGUCGGUCACUCUGCUAGCUCUCAACCUUCCGCCCCUCUCCCUUCCGCCCCUCACCCUUCCACUGGGUCACAUAUUUGUAGCGCACACAGCGGGAGUGCACACAGCGGGGGCGCACACAGCGGGGGCGGACAGGGCCGGGCCGGACAGGGCAGUGGCGCAUAUGGUGGGGACGCACAGGUAGGUGAGAGGUGGCGAAGGGCAGCAGCAGGGGCACGAUCCAUGGCUGUUGGGGCACGUUCCAUGGCUGCUCCUGGCGGGGGGAGAGGAGGGGGCAGAGGGGGAAUGGCUGGUGGAGGAGGAGGAGGAAGGAGGGGAGGGGUUGCUGGAGGGAGAGGAGGGAGAGGAGAGGGUGCGUCUGUGCUGAAGGGAAACAUUUUGCCACAGCAUGCAGCCAACGGCACUUCUUCUGCUGCUGCUGCCAGCUUUGAGCGUGAAACCGGUGCCAGCGCUGCCAGUGGUGCUGUGAGUGCCAGUGGAUCUGGUCCCACUCCCAGGCCCUUAGCAGCUACCUCUUCUGCUGCCACAGCUGCUGCGGCGUCUGCAGCAAGUCCAGGGCCAUACCAUAGGCGGGCAGAAUCCAAUGGUGCCAUACCGUUACACAGCCACCGGUUACCAGCAGCCGCCAGUGUGGACUGGGCUCAUGACCACCACUUCCAGCAUCAGCAGCAGCAGCAGCAGCAGCAGCAGCAGCAGCAGCAGCAGCAGCAGCAGCAGCAGCAGCAGCAGCAGCAGCAGCAGAGGAGGGGUGCAGGAGUGGAAGCGCGAUCCGAAGGGCACAGACCGCCACCAUCGCCAGGGUCAGCUGCCCGGCACAAGGAGAGGGCGUUCCGACGUGCCAGCACUGAUUUCAGUGACCGCACUGACUUCAGUGACCGCACGGGCUUGGGCCGCCACCACACAGGCUUGAGCAGCAACACGGCCUCGGAGGCGGCUGGGAGGUCUUUCGACGAAGAGUCGGCUUUAAAGGAGGAGCUCCGGAAAGCGACGCGGUUCGAGAAGCGAUUAGAGGCUCAAGUUGGUGUCCCGCAAGAGCUGGAGCUUUUCACGGGAGACGAGCUGCACUAUGUAGAGACGUCCGAUGGAUGGCGACUCGCGCUCUGGCGUUAUCUCCCUUCUGAAUCCGUUCCUCGGAAAGCUCAUCCAGUCCUUCUCCUUUCCGGAAUUGCCACCAAUGCUCUCGGAUACGAUUUAUCACAAGAGGUGUCUCUGGCUCGUCAUCUGGCAGAUCAAGGGUUCGAUACCUGGGUGCUCGAGCUGCGUGGAGCAGGCUUAAGCCAGUCUCCUUUCUCUAUAGCAGGGGCGCAGGGUUUGUCAUCUGCCAAGAGUUCUGCUAUUGGUCCUAUAGAAGGACCCCCUAUUACAUUCGUUAAUGGUUCUGUAAAUGGCACGAUGAACUCUGCCAUUGAUACUGGAAACUCUGUUAAUGGGUUUCCAAUUAACGGAGCUUCUACAAACGAGUAUGCGAACGGAGCUAGUCCGAACGGCUCGGCUGUUAGUAGCAGCAGGAGAACAGAUGGUACGACAAACGGCUCUGUGUUCACUCCGUUGUUUUCAAGUGAUGACGAAGAUUCAACAGCAGCUGCAGCAGCAUCAACAACAGCAACAGCAGCAGCGGCAACAGCUGGAGCAGCAAUUUCAGAAAGGCCUGCAACAGCAAGGGAGGAUUCUUCAGAAGGUUUCAGCGUUUCGGGCAGCUUAUCCCGAACCAUGCAGCAGCUGCGAAAUUAUUUUGACCAGUUCACCCGUUCAGAACCAGCAAUGGACCGCCAAGCACUCAGGCCAAAGCUAAAAUCCGCAGAGAUCAGAUUGAGAGAAGCUCUGGACCAUGCAAGCCUGCAGCAGCCAGUGGCGCUGCUUGACUUGCAGCACAUACUCGUUCAGCUGCAGACCUGCAGUGACGUGGAGCUGACGUCAUCUGGCGUGACACAGUUGAGGCGCGCUUUAGAUUCCUUCUUCAGCGAUGCUCAACAAUCACCUGACGUUUCGCCUGAGGCUUUUGCAGCGAUGAAAGAUCUGGCUGAUCUGGUAGGCCCACUGAAAUCCGACACCACUCUCCCCACUGCCGCUGCCUCCUUCCUCCAGCAGACCACCCGGCUGCUCAGCAACAGCAUCGCCUCUUCCAACCUCGAGAAACGGCUAGCUGAGCUUCAGAAACGGCUGGGGGAAAUUGUGGAGUCUAGACAGGGUGUAGCGACGCCAGGAGUGGCUGAGCUCUAUGAGCAGCUGAUUGGUGUGAUUCUGCAGACACAGGACGUGGCGAGCCUUGCCAAGGAGUAUAACUGGGAUUUUGACACGUAUCUGUAUGAUGACCUGCCAGCUGCCAUGCAGUAUGUGCGGAAAUGGUCCCGGCCGCAUGAUGGGAAGAUCCUGGCCGUCGGUCAUUCCAUGGGGGGGAUUCUGCUGUACUCGCGAAUGGCUGCUCUGGGUCCAGAUGCGGGUCUGUUGGGGGUGGUGACGGUGGCAUCGUCACUCGAGUACUGGAUGGCUAAUUCCAGCUUGAAGCUUUUACGACCACUUUCCGGCCCAGCGCGAGCUCUCAACUUUCCAGUCAUCCCGGUGGCAGUGCUGGCGCGAGCAGCACUGCCUCUCAUGACCCAGCCGCCCUUCACGCUGGCGUGGGUGGCACACCAGGUGUCAGCCCGUGAUGCCAUGGACCCUCAGCUCUUUCAAAAGCUCAUGCAGCACAACUUCUGCACUAUCCCUGUGAAGCUCCUGCUGCAAAUGGAGUCAAUCUUCACGCCAGGCGGGCUGCGCAGUCGCAGCGGGUCCAUCUCGUACCUCAAGGGGCUGAGGGACUGCUACACGCCCGUGCUCGCCCUUGCUGGCGACUCCGACGGUGUCUGCCCACCCCUCCUUGUUACAGAAACUCUGAAAGCCAUCCCAUCUGCCAAUGUUGAGUACCGGCUGUUUGGAGGGUCGGACAACCGUCGCUACGGACACUACGACAUGCUCGUGGGCAAACAUGUGAGUAUUCGUGCUAUGUGA